UCCAUCUCCUUCUCUCUCUUUCUCUGCAACUUCCUUCUCAAUAUUUGAUGUGAUUCUCCAACCUUUACAAAAGAGAGAAAGCUGAACAAAACCAUGGUUUUCUCAUCUGUUCCACUCUAUCUAGAUCCACCCAACUGGGCUCAGCAACCGAAUCAGCAAGCUGGAGCUACCACUACUGAUCCCAACCCGCAACUCCCACCACUACCACCGGCGGCGGCGGGUGGUGGUGGUGGUAUAGGGUCGAUUAGACCUGGUUCAAUGGCUGAGAGAGCCCGGUUAGCCAAGAUUCCGCAGCCUGAGGCGGCUCUCAAGUGUCCAAGAUGUGAAUCCACCAACACUAAAUUUUGUUACUUCAACAAUUACAGCCUGUCGCAGCCACGUCACUUUUGCAAGACCUGCCGCCGGUACUGGACUAGAGGAGGCGCUCUAAGGAACGUCCCCGUUGGCGGAGGUUGUAGGAGAAACAAAAGAAGCAAGGGAAAUAAUAGAUCAAAGUCUCCUGCUGUAUCAGACCGCAGUCAAACCGGAUCAAACCCAUCAUCUAGUACGGCACUUGCCUCCACUAGUUGCACUGAUGGAAUAGGCCACAUGGCCCCCGUGGUAACCCCACAAUUACCACUUUUACCGCCUUUACAUAACAUUGGUGACUUCAAUUGCGGCGAUAUUGUAGGAUUGAAUUUUGGGGGAAUUCAGCUUCAGCCACCGUUGGCGGUAGCAAGCGGUGGUACUAGUGGUGGGUCUGUGUUAUCAUCUGGAUUAGUGGAGCAGUGGAGACUGCAACAGUUUCCUUUCUCGAGUAAUAAUUUGGAGCCUUCAACUGGAUUAUACCCCUUUGAAGGAGGAGGGGUUGAACCGCCAAGUUAUGGUCAGCUCCGGUCUAAGCAAUUGGACAGCAGUGCUGUUAGUGUCCCUCAAUUGGCUAGUGUGAAAUUGGAAGAAGCUCAAGGGGUGAAUUUUUCAAGGAAUUUUUUGGGAUUAUCAGGAACAGAAAAUGAGCAUCAAUUCUGGGGUGCUGGCAAUGCAUGGACUGACCUCUCCGGUUUCACAUCUUCUUCCAACAGUACCCAUCUCUUGUGAUUAACAAAGUAAUACCUUCUCAUUUUUCUUGGAAUCACCACAGGUUUCAUCAAAGAAAAGUCGACUCAUGAAUCAUGAUAGAUCAGAAGUCUAAAUUGGGGAGGAUGAGAAGGUGAUGAUCAUGACCUUCAUCAAUUAAUUAAAAGAAAACUUAGAAGGGUAGGCUUUAAUUCUCUUUUGUUGUAUUCCUAUAUGGUUUAAUUUUGUUAGUUAGGUCUAUGUGUUCAUGACAUGAAGGGCUAAAAUGUUUAUUUAUUUAAUCAAAUGAAUUGUAUAACUAAGUGUUUUGGUCCCUAGAAUUAAUGAAAGUGUGUGCAACUUCUUUAUAAGUCCAAUGUGCCAAUUAUAUUGAACAUGUUUAUGAUUGAAGGAGUUUUUUUUAUUUAGUCCAAUAUUAUUGCAGACUUUCUUUGCUUCAGAGAUCAAUUCUAUAUCUUCAACACUUUAGCGAGAUUAUGGAUUUUAUGAAAAUAUGUAAGAGUUUUACUUUCUCUCUCUUGCUUGCUUGUUUUCUUUGCACAUGCAAGAUGCAGAAAACCCUAACUAGGGACGAGACAGAAGAAGAAGCACACGCGCAUCCUGAAAUUAUUAAGUUUCCAGAACUCAAGCCACUGCUUUUUGAGGCAAUACAGUACUAAGUGAGCCAAUUUCCUUUUCUGCUGCUUUCUGUUUUACCAUCAAAGCAUUCAAGUCUUGAAAUGAUGGUGGAGUCAUUGCUGCCAUGAUUCAGUACUUCCCUUUAAUCAUCCUCUUUGGCAAAUAUCGAACUCCUAGAUUCCCCUUGGUCUCGUGUUAUUUAGGAAUUUUUACCUGAGGUUAGUUAUUUUUUACCAACCCAAGAUAUAAAAAGGGAAAACGUUG